UUAACACUGUCGUCUCAGCAGAAUCAUGCUUGGAUUCUUGAACAAAUACAAGGACAGGUUAUUUGUCACCAAUCAAGCUUUCACUACAAAGAUAUUGGAGAAUCCUAGCUUCCCUUUCAUUAGAAAGGACGAUGUAUAUGUGUAUGAAUAUUUCCAUGAAAGUUUACUGAAAGGAGCAUUGUUGUUGCUUGCAUCCACUAUCGGCAUGGCUGUGUACCUGAAUGUGGAAAUUAUGGUGGCCCAUUCAUACAUCUCGUUCUUUGUGUUCAGCAUGGGAGUGUCGUUGUGGCUCAUCUGUUCAGGAGCCUGCCGACGGCGUCUUGUGAUUGACCACAUCAAAAAGGAGUACCGAUUUUACAUCCACACCCACCUGCGGCACAGGGGACCCCUUAACCAAAUUUAUAUCCGCAUCAUUACUCAAAAAACUGGAGCUCAAGGAACUCCCAUGUACAGAAUCAUUCUGAAUGGAUACAAAAUAGACUGCCAUGCACUCUGUGGCUUCUCUGAGAAAUACAGGCUGCUGGAGUGCCAGGGCAGGACAAUUGCAUUCAAUGUACAGCUGAACUACUUUGACUAUGUGGAGUCCUCCAAGCGUCACCUUGUGAUUCACCGGCCUUUUAUACCCAAAUCAAACCAUGUGAAGUUCUGAUUGUGACAACCUUAACAAUUCCAAAGCUAUAAAAAUGCACCAUGCAACAUGUAUUAAAUCUAUUCUUGCAAGCAGUAA